CACCGACCCACUCUCACCUCCACUCACAGAAACACAGCCCCUGAGUGGGUCUACUCCUCCUCUUCUCUCUCUCUCACACACUCUCUCACUCUCUGUGAGGAUGGAAGUGAACCUCUCCGCGCUGCACGCGCAGCUCUCUCUCCUGGGUAACAUCUCGGUGGUCUCGCGCUCUGAAGUCUCGGUGUCGGUUCUCGGUAACGGCAGCGAACCUUUGGACUCUGACUCGGACCUGGAAGUAAACACAGACGUGUACUCUCGCGUAAUUGUCACGGUUUUAUACGUGAUACUCUUUCUCAUAGGUGUGGUGGGAAACUCUGUGACGUUGUUCACGCUGCUGUGUGGGCGGAGCCUGCAACACCUGCAGAGCACAGUGCAUUAUCACCUGGUGAGCCUGGCUGUGUCUGACCUGCUCAUCCUCGUGCUCUCCAUGCCUAUAGAGCUCUACAACUUCAUCUGGGUGCACCACCCGUGGGUGUUUGGAGACGUCAUCUGCCGUGGUUACUACUUCCUGCGGGAUAGCUGCUCUUACGCCACGGCGCUGAACAUCGCUAGCCUGAGCGUGGAGCGUUACCUAGCCAUCUGCCACCCCUUCAAAGCUAAGAGCAUCAUGUCGCGCAGCCGCACUAAGAAGCUCAUCAGCGCCAUGUGGUUUGCCUCCUUUGCCCUGGCCACGCCCAUGCUGUUCAUCAUGGGACAGGUGAGGCGCCAAGGUGAGAACAUCUGCACGGCCACCGUGAGCCAGAGCAGCGUCAAAGCCGUGCUACAGGUAAACGCCUUCCUGUCCUUCGUGAUCCCCAUGGUGGCCAUCUCUGUUCUGAAUGGAGUGAUAGCCAAUCAGCUUCUGUGGAUGUUCAAAGAGGCGGAGAAAGAAAUCCGCGUCUGCAUCAUCGCAGGAAAUCCCACCGUCCUGAACGUCACAGUGGAGCCGAACCGGGCCCAGUCGCUUCGCCACGGAGUCCUCGUGCUGCGCGCUGUGGUCAUCGCCUUCGUGGUCUGCUGGCUUCCAUAUCACGCCCGCCGCCUCAUGUUCUGCUAUGUCACUGAUUGGUCCGACAACCUGUACGACUUUUAUCACUACUUCUACAUGGUGACCAACGUCCUGUUCUACGUCAGCUCAGCCAUCAACCCCAUCCUUUACAACCUGGUGUCAGCAAACUACCGACAGAUCUUCUUCUCCACGCUGCGAUUUGUCUGCGUCCCCUGUCGCCCGUCACCCAGAAGCCACGCCCACCCUCUGACCCGCCACUCCAUCAGUAUCUCCAGCAACCACACGCUGUCCACCAACAUCAUCAAAGAGACUGCAUACUGAGUUAAACACAGCCGGCAAUCACACGCUGUCCACCAACAUCAUCAAAGAGACCGCAUACUGAGUUAAACACAGCCGGCAACCACACGCUGUCCACCAACAUCGUCAGGCAGACUGAGGAUAAACAUGGUGUCCAUAAACAUCGUCAGGUAAACAAUACAGAUGAUGAAGGAUAAUUUGUAAUGACUGCUGCUGUGAAUACAGGUGGGCUCAGGUGAGACACGCUGAGACUUAAAGGUGUCACUCAAGUGUUUGUGUUCCUCAUGAGUCAAUGAGAAGAAGAAACAUGUAACGUGGUGUGUUUUUAUUGGUGCUCUUUAAUAUUUCAUUGUCUUUCUGUGUUUAAAUAUUAAUGGUUAAAAUUACAAUGGUGAUUUCACUGUUGUCAUGGUAACACACAACAGGCUGGUGGUAAUCCCAUUUAAUAUCCUGGUUUUCUUAUAAAAAAUAAUGAUUGACAUCAUAACUUCUAUCAAACUGUUUUUUUUUUUUUUAAACCACAACUGGUAUUGAUCUAAGUGUUGGAAACAGGAAGUGACACUAUGAAGUCACACAGAUACAGGAGGGUUUAGAGAUGUACUCUAUAUCAAUAUAUAAUAUAAUAUAAUACACUAGGGC